CGGGGGUGGUCGUAUCGGCCUCGAAGAUUUACGACCCUGACGUGUUUGUACGAGUUGUUAUUAUAUAACUGAGUGCUGUUUGUUUUGUGCCAGCCCUAUCGGGAACGGAUAAACGGGUCUUCAUAAAGAGUUAAAGCUGAACAGUCUCAACAAAAGGAAUGUGGCUCAAGUAUGUGUCGAGGACAAUGUGAAACAGUGCGAUCGAGCAGUGUGAUAUGUGAAUGACAUUAUGACCAAAAGUGGAAGGUGGCUGGCGAUGGUGGCGGUGGUGGUGAUCGUGGGGACGGUGCGGGGGUGGGACUGCGUUUGUAAUCCAAGGGAGUGCGAGGUGCUCGAACCAAGCGGAUGUCCGGGACUUGGAAUCGUAGUUUGGGAUUCGUGCAGAUGCUGUAAAGUAUGCGCAAGAACGUUAGGGGAGAAUUGUGGAGGUUUCAGUGGGACCUGCGAACCAGGGCUGAAAUGCUACGAGGGAUCGUGUACGCAGAUCACGUGAACAAAACGAGCGUGACCUAACUUGUAUUAUAUGUGUAUAGUGUUGAGUAGAUAUCAAAACAUAUCCCCAGAAUGUAGAAAGCAGAGGACCAGCCUAACACGUCGAGGAAUCAGCAUUGAACGACAAUAAUUGACUUGUGGAAUCCGUCGGUGAAACUGUAAUGUGCUGCAGACAGAUAAUUCAGAAUAAUCAAAUUCGUCACAGCCAACAAUCUUUUUUUUUUUUUAAAUAAAGAAUACACAAAAAAACUCGCCGCGUCCAACUACGUAUCAGCCAGUUUAUUUUUGUGGCAUUUCUCGAAAAUUCCGUUGUCGAAAGAAUUUGGUGAAUGCUUGAGAAUUGUUCUCUCGUUCGACCCAAGUAAUUUUAUGUCAUUAAAAUAAAUGAUAAAUGUACAUGAUAUCACGACCAUGCAGUUGUUUGGGGGGCAUAUAAAUAAACUCUGAUUUCGGCUCCAGUAGUGUUGAGAACGAUAAAAUCGUAAGCUUCGUGUAUCGCUUCCUUGUUUGUUGUCAUCAUCCAAAAAAGGUAUUUUAGAUAUUGCGUAUUUCGAGCAUAGAACUAUAUAUUUGCUUGUAUAUCAUUGUGUAGAAUGUUGUCAUUUCAUAUCUACUAUUAUGAAUUUCCAUAAUAGAUUGUUUUAAUUAUUUAUUAAAAAAUGUAUCUUUGAUUUACAAUAUGUAUAUUUUUAUAAUUUCUCUAUG